GAGGCUGCGUGUGAGCGGCUGUUUACACAUUUGUUUCGCCUGAUGGUGAAAUUUUAAACUGUCUGAUGUUUCUUUGACUUUACCUGACAUGCGGGUGUUUGAGAUGAUAUGGAGGAUGGGGAAUCGAUCGUUGGGUAUUCCUACAUAUAUAUACAGCAUUUUCCCCUCCCAAUGUUCUCUAAACCAUUCCAAUCUACUUUUCUCAUUUUUAACUGUUUUACAGCUGGCCUGAUUUAUAUUCAACUAUACCUUAAUUCAUUUAUUCAAUUACUUUGACAGUACUAUUCAUAUAUUCAAGAUGCGUUCCUCAACAGCAAGUUUGAUUUUGGCCUUCUGCGCCAUGUUGGCAGUUCAGGCAGCUCCAGUGGAUACGACUGCCAAUGUCGCUCGUUCAGUUUCUGCUAUUGAGUCAAGAGCAGAGGUCGGGAUUGUUGCUCGUGAUACUGGUUACGAUGCGGAGGGUAAUGAGAUUGAUGCAAAUGGAAACUUGAUCGAACGUGAUACUGGUUACGAUGCUGAGGGCAAUGAGAUCGAUGCAAAUGGAAAUUUGAUCGAACGUGAUACUGGUUACGAUGCGGAGGGUAAUGAGAUCGAUGCAAAUGGAAACUUGAUCGAACGUGACACUGGUUACAACGCAGCCGGUGAAGAAAUCGACGAGAACGGAAAUGUGAUCGAAAAGAGAGCCAAGAAGAGCAAGAAAGCCAAGCAAGCUAAGGCACGCGCUGAGACUGGCUACGAUGCGGAAGGCAACGAGAUUGAUGCAAAUGGCAACUUGGUCGAACGUGAUUCGGAGUACAACGCUGCUGGCGAAGAAAUUGAUGAGAAUGGAAAUGUCGUCGAGAAGAGAACCAAGACAAAGACACGUGCUGAGACUGGCUAUGAUGCGGAAGGCAAUGAGAUUGAUGAAAAUGGCAACUUGAUCGAGCGUGAUGCCGACGGAUAUGACGCUGAUGGCAACGAAAUUGAUGCUAGCGGAAACAUUGUCGAACGCCAGAACACCAAGAAAAACAAGAAGGCAAAGAAAGCUCGUCGUGAUACCGAGUACGACGCUGAGGGAAAUGAAUUGGACUCCAACGGAAACGUUGUCGAGAAACGUGAAACCGGCUAUGAUGCCGAGGGAAAUGAGAUUGACGAGAACGGAAAACUAGUCGACCGUGCCAACGACGGAUAUGAUGCAGAAGGCAAUGAAAUCGAUGCCAAUGGACAAAUCAUUGAGCGUGCAAACAACAACAAGAAAGCCAAGAAAGCGAAGACCGCACGCAGAGACUUCGACUACGAAUCCCAAUACGACGAGGCCGGCAACGAGAUCGAUGAGAACGGAAACUUAGUCAACGUCUAAGCCUCUAAUCCUGCUUCAUCUCUCAAUCUUCUUACAAGUAUCGUUACGCGCUGUGUCCCUGAUUGCGCGCUAGUUGGGUCCCAUGUCAAUACCUAGUUUCAUCAAUGAGUUCUCGGGUGUUUCAUCAAUCCUUGAUUAUUUCGCAUUGUGUCUGGCCAUGAAUUACAUUCAUUUGGUUCCAGUGGAUUGGAAAUACUCUCAUUUAUUUAUCUUAUACAUCUCAACCGUUGAAUAUCUUUACACGUGAUGUGAGGUUGUGAAAUGCAAAGUCUAAUGUGAGUAAUAAUAGGAUAGGAAGGUUCUAUGUUGACUUUGGCUCGCGAACCGAGCAUCCCCUGAAACAUCAAAUGAUACCACUCCAUACUUUCGGAAAUAAAAUAUAAAACUCACUAUUCA